AACAUGCUCAAUCUGCAGGUAUUGAAGACUAUCCCGAUACAGUGGUCGAUACUCAGGAGGAUAUCUUGGAGGUAAUGUCUUUUUCAAAUGUAAUAAAAUUUAUGACUGAGGUUUUAUAUCGGCGUGAAGUUACUCAAAAAUUGUCAGCAUUUCGGACAUUUAAAGAAUUUCAUACCUGUAUGGAAGCUAAAAAUAGGCGUUUGAAAGCUUUUUUUGAUGAACUU